CCAAUACACUUAGGUGCCUAUGGGCACCUAAGGUAUAUAAGGCAGCCGAACAUAGAGGCAAGAAACAUAUAUAGGUAGGUAUUCAAGAAGAGUCAUGGUCGGCUUUCUGGGUACCUAACCUCUUGCAAAAUCCGAUACACAAUUAGCAUUCUGUGCUUAGCUCACCAUGGACACCGAUGAGCUAUGUCUUCCUCAAAGAUGUUCAAUUUGCGGUGCUAGAUCUAGCGAUCUGUCUACUGUAUGGUCCAACCCUAAAUCUGCGCCUUGCCCCUAUCUCUCAGACUGGAGUGUCGAUUGGGAUGAUUUUGUUCAUAGCCCAACCCCUAAUUUUGGCGUUGGAUGCGUGGUCUGUGCAACAGUUUUAUCAAUAUUAUUUGGAACAUAUCAGAAGCCCAACUACCCAUACCUUCGCCCUCAGGUCACUUCUACUACAAUAUCAAUGGGAGAAUGUGAGACGAUAAUCCUCGACAUAGAGGGCCGAGAAAGUAUCCUAAUCAACCCGUUAAAAAGCUCCCUGUCAAAUAUAGAAUACGACUCAUGCUACAAUUUUCCUACUAGCAAAGGUCCGAUUGAAGCUUUGAAUCUUGCAAGAAGGUGGCUACAUUCAUGUAGGACGAGCCAUGAGGAAUGCGCACUCACAUCAAAACCUUAUGUUCCGUCUAGACUCAUUGAUGUCACCUCCCCGAAUCCUAAACUAUUAUUACGGUGCGAGAUACCAAACGACUCUCCCUUUGUUGCCUUGAGCCAUUGUUGGGGCGGUUCUCAGCCUCUCAAAACAGUUAACAGCAAUGUCGACUCGCACAGGAGAGGACUAUCCCUUAAAGCUCUCCCGGCAACAUUUAAGGAUGCAGUCAAGUUAAUGAAAAUACUAGGGUUACGGUUCCUCUGGAUAGAUAGCCUCUGUAUCGUACAAGACGAUAAACGGGACUGGGAACAGGAAUCGACCCAGAUGGAGAAGAUUUACGGUAGUGCUGAAUUGGUAUUGGUCGCUUCUGUUGCAGCCUCCGCUCACGAUGGCUUCUCGAUUUCAGUCCUAUUACGGCGGUACUUAUCUUGCAGGUCUAUGGGAAGAGGAUCUCAUAUACGGACUUCUCUGGAUGACCCAAGGCGGAAAGCCGGAGGACUUCGAGGCUCCCAGCUGGAGCUGGGUUUCUGUUAAUAGCGAUUGUUUUUCCUACAACUUAUGGGCAAAAUACAGCACUGCCUUAGCUAAAGUCAGUCGCACUUCAGUGAAAUUGUCGACAAAAAGCAUCUAUGGUCAGAUUCCCAGUAGAUCUAUUCGACUUCGCAGCAGAGCAGUACAAGCGAAACUUUAUAUCGGCAACACACCCAACAAUUGGAAUGGACCACUGAAGAGAGCGUGUAGGAUAUCUGGGACAACAUGGGCUGUUGAUUGCUGGCUGGACAUGCCACUUGCACCCUACGGCUCUAUCUUGGACGAUAUCACGGGAAAGGCAGAGGUUUCUGCAAGGAGAAUAUAUUUCUCUGAAACGGGUGUCCUUCCAAAAGCCCCGGCUAUUUAUUUCGUUUGGAUACUUUUGAUGGCAGUGAAGGACAUGUACGGUGAAUAUAAUGGGUUGAUACUUGGUCCCUCGCCGAAACAGCCAGGAUGUUUCGAACGACUUGGGCUUGCCUCUUGGCCCUAGGGAGGUUUACCCUGUAAAUGGGUUGCCGAACACAAAUCCCGCAGGUUUAUCGUAGUUUGAGUACGAUGCUUCGCCAGGGGGUAUAAUCAACUCUUAUAUAUUUCAUUAGUACUGCCACAAUUUUUCAACCAAUCAGAUACUUAGAAUUGCUCCGCAAUUGGC